AAUAACCAUCGGAAUUGUCGGAACAUACCAACCAACCAAGAAUCAUUGAUACUAAUUAGCGGAGAUAUGGUGGUAUUAUAAUAUCCAUGGAUGUUGUUGUUGUUGUUGUGAUCACAGGCGGGGUAGUUGUCCACACUUCUUCAGGAAGACGCAGGUGAGGCGGAGAACCGCAGCUUGGUGUGAGGAGUGGACGCCCGCCGCCGCCAGCAGGGUGGGCAAGUCAAAGGUAGACACACCCAAGGCAACAAGUUCCAGCAGUGUGGAGCAUCAGACCACCACAAAUUGACAGUGAAGAAAUACUAAAUGUGGAGGAGGAUAGUGACCUGAUCCUGCACUGCCGAGGCUCCAAGGCAGUGAAGUGGAACACUACUGAUCAAAUGCAUGUUACAAAUACAGUACAAGAGGGUGCAGAUUUGCCUCAUCUCUCCACUCUUAAAAUAGAAGGGGUAUUCCCCUAUGAUGCUGGAUAUUACCAUUGCCACUACAAAAACUCCACCAAUGACAAGGAAAGUGUGGCCUCUGUCUAUUUGUUUGUAAAUGGACAAGAGCAGACAUUUUUACACCAUCACCUGAGCCCUGAACUACCUCAUCCUGUUGGAAAAACUCUGCACAUUGAUUGUGCUGUCACUAAUCGUAACUACAAUGUCACCCUGAAGAUAAAUGGCAGAGAUGUUACCAAAGAGGACCGAGUGAAGUAUGACCCUAGAGAAGGAUUUUCAAUAGAAAAUGUUACAAUGGAAGAUGAAGGAUUAUACGUAUGUGAGAGUGGAGAAAAGAUGCAGGGAGUAAGAAUUACUAUCAGCAAUGUCACAAAACAGAGCCUGCCAUUUCCAAGUAUUGAUAAAGGAAAGAACCAGCAUUUUGUCAAAGGUCAAAAAUUUUCCUUGACAUGCACUGUCCUUGACCGUAGUCUGAAUUUUACAUGGACAUACCCAAAUACAAGAGUUACACAUAAUUGGACCAGUUCGACUACUAAAAAGGGCAAUGUUGUAUACUACAACAACAUUCUGAAGGUAUUAAAUGCCUCAGAAAGUGACACUGGUCGCUACACUUGCAGCAUCAGCUCUAAAGGCUUUUUACCAAGCUCUGCUUCUGUUAAUAUUACAGUCUUAGAGAGUAUGGAUUCUUUUCUUAACAUCAUAAGUGCUGAUACAAUUAAAGCACAUGAAGGGCAGAAAGAUGCAUUUAAGUGGAAGACUACUGUACAGUCCUACCCAACUUUACCUGACAUCAGAUACACUAAUUGGAGAGGUCAAGUGUUGAAUAAGACAGAAAAGAUUGAUAUUGAUUAUGAUGAACCACAAGGAUUAUCAUGGCUCUAUAUAAAAAACAUAUCUAGCUCAGAUUUUGGAAAUUAUUCCAUCACAGUAACUGUCACUGAUAAAGAAAUUGAAAAAUCUGCCUCAGCCACUGUGAGGUUAGAAGUCAGCAGUCCUCCCCAUAUGAAGAUGACAGGUGUAGGUGAUCUUGAGUAUGUUUCUGAAGGGCAGGAAUUUAAUGUUACCUGCCAGGCUCAAGGCUUCCCAGAUGUUGACGUUACUUUGCUGUUUCAAAACUGUUCCAGUACAAAACUGUCCUCCUGCUCAUCCCCCACCACCAUUGAGACUGAGGAAAUUAAUGUGCUUGCUCCAGGCAACAUUUUUGAGAAAUCAGCUGUUUUUUCUCCCAACACAUCAGGAUAUUUGCAGUGCCAUGGUGAGAAUAAGAAUGGAUCUCAUAAUGAAUCAUUUCUCCUCAAAAUGUCUGAUAUUGCUGGUAUCUUUGUUCUGCGUUAUUAUGGAGCGGAUGGGAAAUUUAAAGAUAUUAACCAUGAGGAAACCAUCACUGUUGUGAAAAACGAUAAUUUCACCUUGAUGUGUGGUGGUGCUAAGUAUGAUUACAAGAUGGUUGAGGUCAAUUCUAGUCAACCGACAGGUUCCAAUAUUCAGUUUCAAAGCAAUGAUUCAGAAUUCUCAUGGCGGAAAGAGAAAGAAGUUAGAAAGGCAACAGAGUCUCUCACAGGACGUUAUGACUGCUAUGCUCAUCCUCACGAAGACAAGUCCCCAGAUGUCAAGAGUUUCAACAUCGCUGUAGUCCCGGAAGAGCGAGUGGUCUUUGAGGAGGAAACAAAUAUGAAGGACCAAAUAGAGGUGGUGAAGGAUGAUGAGCCUUUCAGCCUGAAGUGUCUAGUCAGAGGCAGUCCACAACCAACCAUCCGGUGGCUGAAGGAUAACAAGGAACUCACCAAUGAGUCAGGGCUGUUUGAUGAGAAGGCAAUGAAAUUCAGCUCUAACUACAUGGAACUGAAUUUUAGCCAUGUGGGCACAAAACACACAGGAGUGUACACCUGCAUUGCUAACAAUCGCUUGAAUGAAGUGAGAGGGUCCCUUACUCUGCAAAAAGCACCUCCAGGUUUGAACCAGACUGGCAGGCUGAUUCUGGCUAUAUCCGUAGUGGGCUUAGCCAUCUUUGGUAUUAUUAUUGGAUUUCUCAUACAUCGAGUGAGGAAAGAGCAGGAGAUAAAUAACCCCUAUAGAAUGCGUGCAAAAGAAUUCUUUGAAAAUGGCAAUGUUGGAUCGCUGAAUCUCACCUCUACAGCUGACAAGCAAGCGGAGAUGUUGCCUUAUGAUAAGAAGAAGUGGGAGGUACCCCUUGCAAACAUCACCUUUGGAAGGCAGCUGGGCUCGGGUGCCUUUGGGCGAGUAAUAAAGGCAACAGUAACAGGUCUGCAGGGCCCAGCCACCACCACUGUUGCCAUCAAGACAUGUAAAAAUGAUGUCGAUGCUGCACAAAAGGCUAUUAUUUCGGAGCUCAAGAUAAUGAUGCAUCUUGGAGCUCAUCUCAACAUAGUCAAUCUGCUGGGAGCCAACACAGAGCAUCUUUUAGGAGGAGAGAUGUUGAUCUUGGUCGAGUACUGCCGCUUUGGUAACCUCCUUGAAUUCAUGCAGAAACGGCGCCAACACUUUACAAAUCUGAUAUCUCCAGUAACUGGCAAGAUUGAUCCCAACCUAAUCCCAAACUCCCCUACGUCACCUUCUUUCAGUGAAAGUGUACCACCAUCUCUUGAUCAAGAUGGAUACCUAGCUCCAGCUGCCAAGCCAUUUGUACUUUCUGACCCUCCAGAGGGCCAUUCUGCUGGGACUGUCCCUUCCUCAAAUAGCUCCACGUCUCAAGUGGCUGCUGGACAGUUUGCUAGUAACCCUAUGUAUAGUAUGAACAUAAAACCUGCAACUGAAUAUCCAAGGAAAGAAUCCAGAGGUAGUGAAGACCAUAGAAGUUCAGUGUUUUUCAAACGUAAAGUCUCAAGACUCAACAGCAUUGGUUCCAUUACAUUUUCUGAUGGUAGCUCAGUCAGCUAUCCACUGAGAAACAGACGUACCUCUCAACAAUUUUGCCACUCGGCCUUAUCCCCAACAGAUACUUGUUUCAUGGGAGGAAACGACCUAGAUAUUUUAUAUGAAAUUGGUAGUGUGCCGGGCAUCACUGCACCUUUCUCUACUAUUGAUCUCAUCUGUUGGGGAUGGCAGAUGGCUGAAGGCAUGAAUUACCUGUCCAGAAGAAAGAUUCUGCAUGGGGAUUUGGCUGCCCGCAAUCUUCUCCUAAGUGACAACAAUGUUUUGAAGAUCAGCGAUUUUGGUCUGUCUCGCAGCAUGUAUAGAAAUGAUAACUAUGUGAAGAAAGGAGAUGACUUACUGCCCAUCAAGUGGAUGUCAUUAGAAGCCAUUCGUGACAAAAUCUUCAGUAUAGAGAGUGAUGUGUGGGCAUUUGGUAUCACCUUGUGGGAAAUAUUUUCCCUGGGCUGCUCUCCAUAUGCAGGUGUGGAGGUUUGCAGUGACUUUCUGGAGAAGUUAGAAAAUGGUCAUAGGAUGAGCUGUCCUAAAUAUGGAAAUGAAGAAAUCUACAAUAUUAUGAAGCUGUGCUGGGAAGAAGACCCUUUGAAGCGGCCAUCCUUCAUUGAGCUUGUGGAUGACUUAGGGAACAUGAUUUCAGAACACACAGAGAGAUACUUGACCCAGAAUGAAGCUUACAUGAAGAUGAACUCAGAAAGAUUCAAGGAGGAGACAGAUUAUCUCAGCAUGAUGGCUGAGCCCACCUUUGAAAGCAGGAUGAGGCCCGACGAUAUUGAUGUUGAACACUGUCUUCCUAUGAGAGAUUCAACUAGAAAUGACUCCAUAAGAACAGAUUUCCCAGAUAGUGUUGUCUACAUAAACACAAGAAAUGCUCAAGCAUCCUCCACUGCAUCCCCUAUAGAAAGCAACUAUCUCCCCAUGAAUGCUACUAAGCCACAAAGCCCCUCUGAUGAUGUCUUCACUCCUGACUCAAGUCAUCCCUCAAGAUUUACCUUUCCGUCAAGUAAUCCUGAGAGCCCUGGAUUAUCAUCACUUCUAGAGGAGGAAGGAAGCACUUCUGAGCCCAAGGAGGAGCUAUUGGAAACCUCUGCCUUACUUGGUACAAGUAAACAGACACCAUCAGAUGAAAACCUAUCUAAUGAAAGUAAAAAUGAACUUCCCACAGAGGAAAACAAUAGCAUUCAGAACUAUGUAAAUCUAUGAUGCAUGUGUGAUGAUCUUUUAUGGAAAAUAAGGAAGCUCUUCAUGGAGAUCAACUUAAGUUUUGCAAAAUUCAUGUUUCUUCAUUUUCUGUAAAUAAUGGUGUAUGUAUAACCUUUGCUGUUUACAUUAUUUAAACCUGUCCCUUAACUUUUCUUCCUUUUUUGUUUUCUACUUAUUUUAUUUAUUUAUUUUUUUUUUUUUUUUUUCUAUGUAACAUGUUGAGCUUACCAAACCAUGUAAUUGUAUUUGUCAUGGGCACAUUGUAUUGUAACACUAGUGGUAAAGACAAUGAUGCAGAAGAAAGUAAUCCUAUCAGCUUUUGAUGACUAUGAUAAUAGAAUGCUGAUUAUUUUCAUGUCCCAUGGCACAAGUACAUAUAUAGCGCUAGUGCUGCAUGUGUAAUGCACUUAUCAGAUGCCCAGAGAUCAAAAGGCAAUAACUUCUAUAAUUCACAGUUCAGUGCAAUUUAUAGUGGCCCUUAUACCAAGAGAAUCAAAGGUGUAUUAACAAUAAGUGUAAACAAGAAUUCCAUGUUAUCAAAUAUGCAGUGAAAGUGCGUGGAAGUCAUGAUUGUGAGAAUUUAAGACUCCGUAUGAAACUUGAGGAUCUCAACUUAGAUACCGUGAAACGUGGAUAGGUACUUUAUUGAAUAUUGCAGCAAGGUCAGAAAAAUAAGACAGAAACUGUGGAAAGGCAGACGUCCUCUUCUGUGGAAGAAGUGGUGAGUGAUCUUGAAACUUGGAUCUUGGACCUCUGCAUUUGUCAGUGUUAUUUUAUUUAUCUAUUUUAUUAUGUUUAUCUCCUUACUUAUUAUUUAUUCAUUAAUUUUUAUUCAUUUAUUUAUGUGUUUAUUUACUUUAUUUGUUACUUUUUCAUUCAUUUAUUUCUUAAUUUUUGGAGAGGGGAUGGCGGGGAGGGACAGCCUAUGUCUAUAUAUACGAAUACAGAUUCUUACUAUUUUUAUUUGUGUUUAUGUUUAAAUUGUAUAAGGAUAGAGUUACAUGAUUUAUAGAGAGUAAUGGUUAAGUGUAAGUUUAAGUAUACUAUAAUGUUGAUUGCUUAACUAAGUUACUUAUCUACAGGGACCUUACUGAGUAUACUGUACAAAGUAUAAUAUGGUAUAAUUUGAUGGAAAUGUGAUGAUCUAUAGUUAUUGAAAUAUGAACAUCUGUAGUUAUACAAACUGAUCUAAUGUCACUAAUCAAAUCAGUAUGAUGGUGAUUUCAUUCUUUGAAAUGUUAGUUUUGAUAUACACAUCAAUGACUUGAUAGCUGCUUCAAGUUUUUGGUCUUCUUGCAUGCUAGUCUGUUCUUUUAUAUAUUUUUUUAUUCAUUUAUUUAUUUAUUUAUUUAUUUUAUUUUUAUUUAUUUAUUUUUUUUAUUUAUUUAUUUAUUUAUUUUUUUUUAGUUCUUAUUUAUUUAUUUAUUUUUUAUACUAUGUGGGCUUUUCACAGGAAUUUAUGGGCUAAAGGGAGUACUUUUUUGUGGUACCUCCUAUCUGAGCGCCCACCCACUAGGAAACUGUUGCGUCAAGUGAGGAAGCCCAACCUACACUCAGACCGUUAAAUUAUUUGGCUUCUCCCGUACUACAUAUAUCAGAUGCGUGAGGAUCAUAAGAAGUCACACUUUGCUCAUAGAACAGCCCAAGGAAAUAAUGCAUUGAGAGCAGAUACUAUAACCAAUUAAUGCAUCAUUAGUAGCAGUAUUGAAAUUUCUUAAAUUGAGACAAGACCCUUAACUCCUAAAAGUCUAGAGUGAACUUUAUCAGGACAGGACUUGAUGCAGUUAUGAACAUUUUGCAAUUUUUACACUAGAUUUUGUUACUUUUCGUCAAAUUUUACACUUCAUGUAUGAUUUUUCCUACAAACUAGUCAGGCUAAUUUCUCAAUCUCUGUCUUGCUCUCACCAUGGCCAGACACAGUGAGAGUGACUCUGAUUCCCUACCCACUUCCUUCCGUCCUCACACCUCAAUGCCACACACACACAAACACACACGAGACACGGUCGAGGAAGGAUGCGGUGCCGAUGCUCCGAGCAUCAGCUGAUCCCCACUACCUGUUGUUCUGUGUUUGCAGAGGCCUCGGCAAGUAGUGUGGACUCGUUUUCAUGAAUACAUUAUUAGAGAAGCAUGAGUAAGGAAGAGAUUACAUCUAAAUGCAGGUAUGAGACCAGGGAAAGAAUGCAAGAAGAGGAUGAAUAUAUUGAUUAGGGUGAGAGGGCAUUUGAAGAUUUUGAUACGGCAAAUACUUCCCUACUUAAGAAAGUGUUAACUAUUGAAUAAAAAUUGGAUAAAUGGUUAAAGGAGAGUAUGGGAAUUAAAGAGAACGAAGAACAGGAAAAAGUUUCAGAGA